AUUUCGGAAAAAUACAUUGUAUAGUGACAUCAGUUUUUAACACAAUCCUUUUUGCAUUGUGUAUAUAGAAUGACAAUUUUUAAUUAAGGAUUCAAUAGUCAUUUAUCAAGAACUUGCUAAGUUUCUUUGACGAGAUGGGUCGUAGAAAAAGAAAUUUGAAGAAGCUCUCGAGCGCUUCUCAGAAAAUUGGUGAAAAUAAAAUAUCAGAAGAAUUGAAUUCUGAUGAAAAAGAGGAAACGAAACAAAAAGAAGAAAAUUCUUUCAUCCUCGAAGAUACGAUCGAUGUUUAUCAACGUGUGAGGCUGCCACUUGUACACUCGAUGUACGAUCGAUCGCCGGAUGAUAGCGACGAAGAGGAGGAUAUCGUCGUGCUAAACUUCUCUCCGCGUUUUGUCUUCGUGUCGAAUUUGUGCUUGAUCUGUAUGGAACGAUCGGAGGAGGCCUGCGAAUCUUGCGGUUUGGUUUCUUACUGCAGCAUCCAACACAAGAAACAAGGCUGGCCGAAGCAUCGCGAACUGUGUAAAGUUCUCACCGAAGUCUGCACAAAUGGAGGAGGCUUCUCGUUUCUGCCGGAUCUCACCGCGGACGAUUAUCGCAUUUAUCGGCUAAAACUAAUCGAGAUAGUGGAGCAUCGUUUGGGAAGACUUCUCGAUCCCUGGGAGAAAGAAAUCCUUCUUUAUCCUCGUAUUUGUUGCAGCUGCCGUUAUUUUUCAAAGACUCUGAGAUACUGUCCGGCAUGCGGAAUCGAGUUAUUCUGCGAGAAUCACGAUGACAAACACGAAGAGUGGUGUCGAGAUUUUCAGGUGUUUCGAAGAGUAUUAUUUAUGCAGCACAGAAACGGCAACGUGGAUCCUGAAAUCCCAGAUACUUUUCAAACUACUCCGCUUUAUUUGCCAAAUAAUUUUGAUUUGUUAAUGACACAACUUUACAGUCGUUCGACAUAUUAUUGCAACAUGGAUUGUUAUACUUAUUGUAGCCUCUCUCAUAUAUCGACCAUUCCAUUGACGACUCUGUAUUCUAUGCAAAUUUCUUGUCAGGAUUGGAAAACUAUUGAUACCUUUGUGAUUCACGUGAUAGGUGCCGAGUUUCAAUUUGAAUGCAUAAAUUUGCACGUAUGGGAGAAAUUUUUUUUACAUCUUCUUCCGAAUUUAAAGCAUCUUAGAUUAAUGUUCAUUGGUCCAGAAUUAAGAUUGCCGGCAGUGCCAUUAGAUCUUUUGACAGCUGUGAAAAUCUGUUCGGCUUGCAAAUCGAUUAAUCGACGUGUGAACGUUUCGUUUUAUCCUGAAAAAUUCUACCAUAAUUUUUGCCAUUCCAAACAGUUUAUAAAGCCGCAUCUUAUAUGUCUCUUUAAUCCAGGUCUUUAUCGAGAAACUGGGUUUGAAGGUAAAGAUACGUGGCCGGAGACGAUAAAGGAAUUCUGCAAAAUAAAAGUUCCCGUUUGCGUAACAUCUUACACGAAGCAUGAAAUUCCUCGGGAAAUGACCAGAAUAAAAUCGAUUAUUGAUGUGGAGACAAUUCUAGAGCCAGAAAGAAAUCCAUUUGCCUCAAUUAAGCCCGACAGAAAUUUUGUUAGUGAUGAUACGGUGCCACUUAUCUACAAAAAUUAUUAUCUUGCUAUUAUUAGAGGAAAAUCAUAAACAGAUUUGUAAAAAAAUUUUUUUGCAUGUUUUUUGCAUUUAAUUGGACGUAAAUAUUUUA